UCUAUCAGGUGAUAUACCCUGCUCUAUGUGCUCUAUUCCUUCACUUGGCCGGUUGAAAUUGAGCCGUAAUAAUCUUUCUGGGGAGCUCUCUAAGUUCUUGCAGGAUUGCAAAGUUUCUGUUUUCACUUGAUCUUGGAGGGAAUAAAUUCACAGGGUCUAUACCCGAGUCAAUGUGACCAGCCAAUCUCCGAUGUCCUUUUUAAGCCUCGGAGCCAACAUUCUAACAGGAAGCAUUCCUGAACAACUAUGUCACCUCUCCAACAUCCACAUCUUGGAUCUAGCACAAAACAAUUUAUCAGGGUCCAUUCCUACUUGUUUGGGCAGCUUGCCACGUCUGAAAACUUUGCGCACCAUCUUCAGGCUUGGACCCUCAUCCACAGAAACAACAUUCGAUAACCACAUGAAGUUGGUCAUCGAGGGACCAGAAAUUGUAUUUACCAAAAUAAUUCCACUUAUAAACGGCAUCGACCUGUCCAGCAACAAUUUAGUGGGAGAGAUACCAGAGGAGAUAACAAAUCUAUCAACCUUAGGAUUCUUGCAUUUAUCUUGGAACCUACUGACGGCGAGAAUUCCAGAAAAUCUUGACAGUUUACAAUGGCUAGAAGCCCUUGACCUUUCGCAUAACCAUCUUUCAAGCCCAAUUCCUCCAAGCAUAUCUUCAAUGGCUCUCUUGAACUAUUUGAACUUGUCUUACAACAACCUCCUCGGUCAAAUUCCAUCAUCUAACCAACUGCAGACCAUUGCCUAUCCAUCCAUUUAUGAGGGUAACCCGGGACUCUGUGGGCCUCCAUUGUCAAUCAACUGCUCAAUGCCCAUUGAUGGAGACAUAUAUGCCAACGACAAGGAUGGUGACAGAGCGGAAAAACCACACUUCUAUCUAAGUGCGCUACUGGGAUUUUUUGUGGGAUUUUGGCCAUUUUAUGCAGUUUGGUUAUAAAGAAAUCUAUCCAACAUGCCUACUUCCGGUUCUUGGAUAAGAAGAUGGAUGAGCUCUCCGUGCUGAUUGCUGUUAACAUGGCUCGUUUGCAAAGGAAGAAUGUAAUGGAGAGAAAUUGAGGUCGAUUCAUUCGAAGUGAUGUCUCCAUCCUAGAAGAUGGAGUUGGAAGAGUAGAAAUCCCAAAUGAAGAUAGAAAGAUUCUUUUUAACUUCUACACUAGUUUGAUGGUUUCUGUCAUGGUUUUUGAAUUAUUAUAAGUUGUUAAUUUCCUAGGAUCUUCUAUUUCCUAUGAGUCAAACGAUGUUUGUUAGUAUUAUCUUGAUUCUUAUUUUUAUUCCUUCGAUUAAUUUUCAUGU